ACUGAAAUCCUCUGUUUAUUCACAGGUCAGAUAUGAUGCAGGCAGCCAAGUGUGAGCUUUCUUACACUGGCCCAUCACUGACCUCAACCUUGAUUUGGAGGGACCGCCUUCUUUAAUGGCUCGCUUCUCAUACAUGCGGAUGAAAUAUCUCUUCAUCUCCUGGUUGGUAGUAUUUGUUGGCAGCUGGAUUAUAUAUGUUCAGUACUCCACUUACACGGAGCUAUGCAGAGGGCAUGACUGUAAGAAAAUAAUAUGUGAUAAGUAUAAGACUGGAGUUAUUGAUGGAUCAGCAUGCAGCAGUCUUUGUGCUAAAGAAACUCUGUAUUUUGGAAAAUGUUUAUCAACAAAACCCAAUAAUCAGAUGUAUUUAGGAAUGUGGGGUAUUCUGCAAGGUGUCAUAAAAUGCCAGAUGGAAGAAGCUGCUCACCUUGAUCUUGGAACUGAACUUGAACCGAGAAAGGAAAUAGUUCUGUUUGAUAAACCAACGAGAGGAACUACUGUUCAGAAAUUCAAAGAAAUGGUAUAUGGUCUUUUUAAAGCUAAAUUGGGAGAACAAGGAAAUCUUUCUGAACUGGUUAAUCUCAUCCUGUCAGUUGCUGAUGGAAAUAAAGAUGGUAGAGUUUCACUGCCAGAAGCAAAGUCAGCAUGGGCACUUUUACAGCUAAAUGAGUUUCUACUAAUGGUGAUCCUUCAGGAUAAAGAACACACCCCCAAACUGAUGGGAUUUUGUGGGGAUCUGUAUGUGAUGGAAAGAGUUGAAUAUACCUCCCUCUAUGGAAUAAGCCUUCCAUGGAUCAUAGAAUUUUUCAUUCCCUCUGGUUUCAGAAGAAGCAUGGACCAGUGGUUUACUCCAUCAUGGCCUAGAAAAGCUAAAAUAGCAAUAGGGCUUUUAGAAUUUGUGGAAGAUAUUUUCCAUGGUCCUUAUGGGAAUUUUCUUAUGUGUGAUACAAGUGCCAAAAACUUGGGUUAUAAUGAUAAAUAUGACUUGAAAAUGGUGGAUAUGAGAAAAAUUGUGCCAGAAAUUAAUUUGAAGGAGUUGAUUAAAGAUCGUCACUGUGAGUCUGACUUGGACUGUGUUUAUGGUACGGACUGUAGAACUCUAUGUGACCAAAGUAAAAUGAAGUGUACCACAGAAGUAAUCCAGCCUAAUCUGGCAAAAGUAUGCCAGCUACUAAAAGACUACCUGCUUCGUGGUGCUCCUUCAGAUAUCCAUGAAGAAUUAGAGAAACAACUGUAUUCAUGCAUUGCCCUUAAAGUCACAGCAAACCAGAUGGAGAUGGAGCAUUCUUUAAUACUAAACAACUUAAAAACUUUACUGUGGAAGAAAAUAUCCCAUACAAAUGAUUCUUAGUUCCUUCUCCCACAGAAGGAAAUACUGGUGCCACUAUAAAAGGUUUGGUACUUUUUUUAUCAAAUGCACAUCCAGCAUUUUUAAAUUUUCUUCAAAACUUGGACUUAACUAAAUUCUCUUGCUCCUACCACAGUACUUCUUGAAGAGGCAUGCCACUUUAUGAAUUCUCUGGCAGAAACCAGGAGAGCCUUGUGGCGGUAACAGUCUGUCAUGGAAACUUAAAAAACCAUGCGCUUGACCUUCCUCUUGCACUUUGGCAGAUGAUCUUCAGCUGGGGUCUCCUGUCAACAGUACUCACUGUGCUACCACAUUGAUGAAUGUAACUUUUUUUACAAUGCUGUGAAAGCAUAAUUCACUUGUGAAUAUCCAUGAGUUAGGCUUUUUUAUUUCCAAGUCAUUUUACAAACAUUAGCCAAAAGACCCACGAUGACUGGAAACAAUGUGGUUAUGUUCAAGCUGCUGUUGUGAAUGAACUGACUAUUUGAGGUUUACUACUUCAGUAUGGCAGAAUUUGCACAUUUAAUGGAAAAAAAAAUUAAAGUUGCUAAACUCAGUGUGAUGAAACUUAUUUCAGAAAGCUGGGGAUUUUAGUAUGAGAUUUUUAGUUAGACAUUGUGUUUUGAAUAAACCUUUUUACCUCAUGCUUAAUUACAUCUUGAAUGUUACAGAAUUAUCUAAACUUUUCUUAUUAAAGGUCCUUGUACAGUAUACCAUGUUGAGAGCCAAGCAUUUUAAGAUAUGUAUUAUAACAAUUUGCACAUACAAUAGCAGCAAUAUACAGGUACGUUAGAGAGGAGCUACAGUGCCUGGAUCUUGAAAUGUCCACAUGCUUAUGAAGAAAGAUAACCCAGUCAAUUUUGAAGCCGAGGAUUUUGAGGACUAGAGCAAAAUUAUAUUUUAAAGAGAAGGGGAGUUGUAUUGUUGAUCAUUCGUGGAUAGCAGCUGUUAUAAUAGAGACCCACAUAGUAAAGAUUUGCAGUACUUUGAUUUGCAGACAGCCUUAGAUCAGGGUUUCCCAAAGUUUUUUGCCUCAAAGGGCUAUUUCAAAGGGGUAGUUAUGGGUGGCAGGUCACAUCAAAUGGACCUGUGGGCUUCACUUUGGGGAGACCCCUGAUAACAUUUCAAGGGGGGGAAAAACUACUACUGGGCCACAGGCCACACUUGGUAACCCCUUCUUUAGAUGGUUUAAUUGAAGUAGAUUCAGGUUAGUUCUUAACUGAAAUAUGAUUUCGUAGUUAAGGCUGCAUGGAGGUCAGUUUUUCUGUUUAGCAUGUCUCUAAACUGGAGCUAGGUCUAAGCCAUAGGACAGGAUCUAAAUCUCAACCUGCUAAAGGUAGGGGUUCUGUUUUAAUGUGGGUCCUCUUCUAACCUGAAUAAUAGAUCAACAAUUAGAAAAAUAUUGGAAAUAUUCUCCUCUAUGUUCUGACAGCCUAUUUUGUGUUAUAUAUUUUUAAUUGUAGCAGAGGAGGUAUAUUAUGUGCAACGCUAGAGCCAUGAGUAAAUAUUGAAGCUUAGAUGACAAAUAACUUUGAUCUCAUCCUUGCACUUAUUUAAUCCACAUCACCACUACAUAGCUUUUAAUCUUUUUAGUCCCUGACUUGGAUCACUACUAAGAAUAAUUUUACAGAACUUUCAUGUGUAAAGCUCUUGUUAAUACUGUGCUUGAUAUUCAUUCCUGUUUAAUAAAUCUUCACUCCUAAGCACUUAA